AUCCCCAUUUCAGUUCUACGCCUUUCGUUGUCGGAGAAACGGGCAUCAUUAAUGGAGUGCUGGAUUCCUUUAUUUGACAUUUUCUUAAAUUCUCCAUGUCCAGAGACUGAAGCAUCGACAUGGCUGCAGAAAUCAUUCAACUCGUCAUCGUCUUCGACCUCCACUUCCACUGCAUCGUUUCUUGCUCUGCUCACUAAGUAUUCUGGCACGACUCACAUUAGCCCUUCUUCUCCGUCUCAAGGUAAAAGGGUUAUGUGGAUUCAGACUCUACCAGAUAUGGUUCAAGCACGGAUUCUGUCGUUUCUUGCGUAUGAUCAUCAGAAAUUCAGUAAGAAAGAUUUGUGUAAGCUUGCUAGGAUUAUGUUGAGUGAAGGUUCUGGUCUUGAUUUUUGGGUGAAGAAAGCUGCAAAACAUCUGCUUGAUUUGGUUUCUGUGUCGAAUUAUGAAUGGAUUUCUCAUCUAACUUUGGACUCUGAAGAAGAUGAGUUGGAGAAUUUCCAUUCUCCCCCGGAUUGGCUAAGGACUGCUGCUAAACAUACAGAGGCUAUGUUUCCUUGGCUUCCAAUGUCUCUGGACGAAAUGAAUUCAAAAAUUGUAUCGGGUGUCAGUGGACAUGACGAAGAUAAUUUGUCUGAUAAUGUAGAGACUGGAGCACAAGAACAUUGUGAUGAGGUAAUGGAUGAAAUUGAUGUGGAUGAAUCCAAAUCUGUGGACAAAAUUGAUGCUGAAGUCGAGAACAGGGCAAAGAUUCUGAAAGCAAAGGUUGCAAAAUGUUAUUUGACAUCCGAGGUUGUGGAAUUAGUGAAGGAAAUUCAUGAACUGUGUUUUGCAAACAGAAGAAACUCGUUGGAAGUUUUGAGUUUGAUUGAACCAUGGAAUGUAGAUGACGAGACUGCCUCGUCUCUCCUUUUCCAUUUCAUGGAUGUUAAUGAAGGGAAUGAAGUAGAUUUGUCAAGUUACAGUUUAUGUUCAUUUGUCCUUCCUAAGUUUCUAGCUCUUGAAGAGCCGUGUUCUCGUGUGCUAAUGAUUGCAACGAUCGAAUAUUGCAAGGCACAUCAAAGGGCUGCUGAAUAUGCAUUGUUGUUCCCAUUGAUGCUAAGGAAUAAAGGGAUUAACAACCCGUUGUGCGAAUUGAUCACCAAAAUAUUAAAAGAGUGUUUUCAUCCGGCUCAUGUUUCGGCAUUUUUUCAAAAAUUUCUAUCCAAAGAUAAGGAUGGAAAGAGAGUUAUCUGCCUUCCCUGCCACCAAAAUCUGAUUGGUAAUGAAAUUGUGUGGACAGAGUCUUUGUUUUGUCUGGUGCAAAACAUCUUGAAUCACAAUGUUCAAUUGACUCAAGAUUCAGUCGAUCAACUUGUGGAUUGUGUUUGUGAAUUCUCGAUCAGGUAUUCGUCAUCUUUGAAGUUUGGAAAUUUCCUGUUGUGCUUAGUCAACAAAUGUACCUCUUUAUUGAAGCCUCAUAAGCUUUCACUAACUGCAGCUGUAGAGAGUACCAAUACUCUUGUAAAAAAAUCUGUUUUAUCUAAAUUGUCGACCUUGUAA